GUUGUGCAUCGUUGGUGAAGCCCGAUCUCAUCGAAAAGCCUCCGCACGCAAUUGGGCGAGCCGAGCGAUCCUUUCGGAGCGCGCAAAAAGCAAUCUUCGAUUUCCUUCUUUCUUCAGCAAGCUUCAGACUGUACUCUCUCUCUCUCUCUCGGGGAGCGAGAAAGCAAAGAUCCAGUUCUUGCUCCCCGUUGCCCACGUUGCUUUCAGAUAUCCUCGUCUACACCCUUGGAUCGAUUCUGGUCCUUCUUUCUUCUUUUCCUUUCCCGGUUUGAUCAGGAGGGGCUACCUUUUUCGCUAGACCUCUUUUCUUGAUCGCCUUUUCACGUUGUUUGUGGCUUCCUUUCCACCUCGGUGUGCGAUGGCUACAGAUAUGGAUGUGUACAGUAGCAUGUCAGCUUUCUUGUCAACUGAUCCUUCUAGGGAAGCACUGGAACCUUGUAUUCAUGGUGCUCCCACCUCCUCUUUCUCCUCCACUGCAAGCUCGACCUUCCCCCAGCCUCUCUGCUUUCCUUCUCUCUCCUCUUCUCCUCCUUUCUCCUCUCUGUUUCACCAAAAUCCUAUCUUUUUUCUCUCCUCGCCUUUAUCAUCGAGCGCCCAAAUGGUUCCGCAGCACGUCCAAGCUCAGUUCCAGUACCAGCAGCAGCUCAUGGCCGCUUCCUCCGACCGCCGGAGUCUCAGGAGUGGGAACCUCCUCGCUCCGCACUCUCGGUCGAUGAAGCGUGCUGGGGCGCCGCCGUCGCUUCCGAAGCCUACGAAGCUCUUCCGCGGUGUCCGGCAGCGCCACUGGGGCAAAUGGGUCGCGGAAAUCCGCCUCCCCCGCAACCGCACCCGCCUCUGGCUCGGGACCUUCGACACCGCCGAAGAGGCCGCCUUGGCCUACGACAGGGCCGCGUUCAAGCUCCGUGGCGAUGCCGCGAGGCUCAACUUCCCGGAGCUGCGGCGCGAUGGGGCUCACGUGGGACUGCCCCUGCAUUCCUCCGUGGACGCCAAGCUCCAGGCCAUCUGUGAAACCCUGAAGAUUUCGCGGAAACAGGGGAGUACUUCACCCAGCUCAGUGAUCAGGUACCAAGCCGGCACGAACGAUGAACUCGGUGACUCGGGGUUGGAGGAUAUAAAGUCCGAGAGCUCACUGUCGUUGGAGGAGGAUGAGUCGUCCUCAGGGUCAUCGGCUGCAUCCGCGAUCCAGUACUUGGACUUCUCUGAGGCACCAUGGGAUGAAUCAGAGAGCUUCGUGCUGCACAAGUAUCCAUCAUGGGAGAUCAAUUGGGAUUCCAUUCUCUCCUCAUAUUAGUAGUCUAACAGUAUGCAAUCUUAUGAUAGAUUUGGUGUAGUUUCUGGUUUGGGGGGUUGGCUUGGUUGCUGCAAAUGGCGUAUUGGACAUUUGCUGGCAAUUGCUGUAUCAUUUGGGUCCUUCCUGCACUAGCAAUUGAAUCUUUAUUCACAGAAGGAAAAGCCAUCAUUAUGACACACAAUUGUCUCGAGACCUGAUCCAUCCACUGCUGCUUGUGCCAGUAUGCCACUCAUCUUCUGUAUGUGUGCAGGCCAUGCUCUAUCUGAACUGUAAUCUGAAUCAAGCUAAAUAGAUCCCUUUGGCCAGGGUGGGAGGUUUUGAUCAAAUAGACUCCAUUGCAGGAGUUUGGUUCCUUCCUCCACUAACUUCAUCAACAAAUGGAGGUUUCAACUCUCAACUACUCUUCUCAUUUUCCUACUUUAUCAGUUCCUUCGACCAGAAGUCUCUGAGGUUUACUUUCAUGUUCAAUCCUUAUCUGUAUCUCUUUUGCUAGUUGAUAGGAAGUGGACUAUGUGUCAACAGAGAAUGAAGAAUCUGGAUGUAUACAUCUGCUUGAACUGUGAAAAGGACACCAUUGUUAUCUGAAACAAGUCUGAACCCAUGACACCCCCAUACUGCAUUCAUGAUUGCAUGGGAGUUAUGACUAGGUUCCCAUUCCAAGCCACACAUACCAAAAACAUUCCAUCUGUCUUUGCUUUAUCUUUCUCCCUCAAGCAUUUGGAUGUUCAUGGCUUCAGAGACAAUCUUUUCUGGCUCACACUUCUUAGCCUCCUUUUUUUUUUUUAAAGGAUAAUUGAGGGGGUAGUCCCCCACCUAGAUCAUAAUCUAAAAAUCCAAUUAUGAUCUCACAUCAACAUACCUGAAUUCCUCUGGAAGCUUAUGGAAGGAAGUCACUUGAUAAAGUUGGCUCAUGUAGUCUUACAGGUUAGCAGAAUAUAACCAAGAAUCAUUUCUUACAGUAAGUGGGUGGAAGACCUGAGCCUCCCUUAUGCUCUGCCACUUGAUUGCAAGUUCUUUCACAAUAAUCUUUUACAGUCCAGCCUAUGUGGGAAUGAUUGAUGAUGCAACUACUUUCUAGUAUCAAACAUCCAAUCCAUGCAAAGUCAACCAACCCAAGGCAAUUAUCCCCAUUGAAGUAGUGACACAUGGAUCCAUGAUAAGAGGCAAUGUGUUGUUCAUUAGUUGACUUUGACUUGGAAUGUUGGUGCUUGGAUAAAAAAGAGCAUUAGCCUUUGCAGAAGCAUUUUUUUUGUUAUGUAAGACCUCAUGAAAGAUCCAACAGAAAAGCAAGACCAAAGCAGCUGUUUAUGACAAGAAGCACUUGAGAAUGCUGGUGAGUUUCUUUGUGGAUGGAUACAGAAGAUAAAGUAUCUAAAUGUAAAAGCAAUCGAGAAGCUACUACCUAUUGGCUUGGUCCUGUGGAUGGCACUUAACAUCAUGUAGGUGGCACAAAAUUUAGUGGAAGCAACUCAUAAACAUCCUGAAAGCUAAGAUGGUUGACCUCUAUCACUUGUUUGCUCUUCUUUCCACGGUAGGUGGUCUUUAGUCAACAUACAAGUAUAUUCCUAUCUAAAGUUACAUGCUCCAUUUUGAUGUUGGAUACUCUGCUGCUAUGAAUCAUUAUUCUUUCUAAUAAAUCAUGUGGAGAACACUUUUGUGGUUUUAGUUAAACUACAAAUUAUGGCCAAAAUGGACAUGGAUAUUUCAUAAUAUGAGAAUUGUUGCCAUCAUCAUAUUGUGAGAGAUUAGUAAAGAUGAGGGAAAUACUAAUACAAUUAGAAUGUUUCUCAAUGCCAUGAUAACCAUCCUAAGAUUUCUCUGAAAUUUAAUUAGGAAGGAACCACAACAUAGAUUCUUUGGACUUCUGAAAUAUAAUUUUGAUGGUCAGAAUGAUGGUUCAAGUGAUGCAACUGAUUUAACAUUCAAGCAGAUAUAUCAGCUGCCUAAGCUAUGUUAGUAUGGUACUGCAUGUCACAAUAUGAACAAGUUCUUGAGGUCCAAUAAUGCAAAGAACAUAAGAACAGCAGUGGUUAAGAGGCAAUAAAAUUUACAGGUCUUCCAUAAUUUACAAGUAUUGGGCUUGGGAUUUCAGGGCUGAAAUUUGACCCACCUCAAUGGGCCUCCACGAUACAAUUCGUGGAAUGGCCCUGUUCUACCCCCGUGUCUUGUUUGCAAUGGCUUCUCUUUUUCUUCUUUCUUUCUUUCUUUCUUUUAAGAAUCAUCAUGAAAUAUGGAUGAAACUUCUUUCAUUACUCUAGUCAGGACUCAGCGGAUCCAGAUAUAGUUGAUGAGAUAAAAAAACAGGGGCAAAUAGUCUUCAAAUUCUCAUAAGACUAACCUAAUUACAAUUAUUCUUAUACAGUAAAUUCAUUUAGUCCAUGGACAUUUACAUUUUUUAAUGAUCUUCUAUUCCAUGAUUUAAUCUCUUGAUGCUCUUCUACUUUACAAUUAUAUCAGCAAUAGAAGCCUCUUCCAUGCACCUGCUAAUGGCACAGCUUCUCCCUGCAAGCUUCUGGCACAAGCAAUGAGACCCAACUUAAGGUCAUCUGCUCCCCAGGACGGGGAUUGCAUCUAAAUCAAGUUGUUGCUUCUACAAUUGUUCGGCAUCAUCCAGGACUAGGAAUCCAACUUGUCUCCAACACGGAUGUAAUUGGCAACCAUCAUGAAUCCCAACUCGCACUGUCGAUGAUGUCCUCGGUGGUGGCAUCGCAUGUGGAUGCCUUCCUUGAAGAUCCAACCAAGCAUCCCAAGGACAGUGACGGCGAGAAGGAUCACAGCAGCCAUGCACCGAUUCGUGGCAGCAAAUUGGCUUCACAGGGAAGGCGGAUGGUAUCAAAACUCGGGAGCUUUUUGUGUGUGCAGACUCUGAUCUGAUUCAGUGAGCAAAUGAUUGGAUCAGCUGGAAAGAAAGAUUUGUAUGGCUGAUGGAAACAGCGGCAGUAGCUUCGAUUCUUGUAGCUAACUUUCCAUCUUACCAAGAACAUAAUUAUUUUGAUAUCAUAAUAAAUAUUAUUUCUUUUC